GAAAUAUAUAAUAUUUACAAUUUUUUCAGGCAUCAACGACGCAUGACGAAGAUGGUUAUCCUAUUUAUAGGAGGAGCCGAUGGAAAGAAAAUUGAAAAAAAUGAUUGUAUCUUAGACAAUCGUCAUGUUGUGCCUUAUAAUCCAAAAUUGUUGUUAAAGUACCAAGCGCAUAUCAACAUGGAAUGGUGUAAUCAAAGCACUUCGAUAAAAUACUUAUUCAAGUAUAUCAACAAAGGAUAUGACCGGAUUACAGCCGUUAUUGUUCCCGCACAUGAUGAUGGGUCGCCCCAAAAUGAGAAUAUUGAUGAGAUCAAGCAAUAUCUUGAUUGCAGGUAUGUCUCACCAUGUGAGGCCUGUUGGAGGAUUUUUACUUUUCCGAUUCAUGGUAGAUCUCCAGCCGUUGAAAGACUUUUCUUUCACCUUCCCGAUGAGCAAUCUGUGUUCUUUAGACACAACGAUGACCUUGAGUCUGUGCCCACAAGAAAAACUG